UACUGCUAGAGAGCAUUUAGGCGCUUGAAGAAGGUAUUGUCUCCAAAUAACCGCGGAUCACAAGGAGUUUGUUGGGUUUUUUCUCUUUUAGAGUCUCCUUUUUGUUCCCCAAAUGCUAUCUGUCGGUAAGACGUGUUACUUAAAGUGCAGUUUGGUGCCUUCUGAUACGUUGGAAACGACAAAUAUAACAACAUAGCUUGAUGUAAACACGUCUGGGCGGAAUUCCUGGAAGUUACCGCACUGUUGUGGAUGGAUGCCAAACUAUCGAUUAUGUUAUGGACACAAAACUGUAUCUUUUGAAACCAUGAUCUGUUUCUUGAGCUACUUGACUCGAGAUCAUCGUAAUGGGUAGAUUCUUAAAAGAGAUUUAAUGGUAAAGUAUGUGGCCAGUGGAGUACUACAUAUCAAGUCCAUUUAGGCAAAAGCUACAAUUCCGAGGGCGGGACUUGUGUAACAUUCUGAGCACGUUGACUAUAUAAUGCUGUCUCUCUCUUCAAUCAGCUCGUAUCUAGUGGCAUCUGAAUACAGGUAAUUCAAUAUAAAGAGAUCUUCAGUCAAAGAUGCCAACAUGAGAAGAGCUGCUGUGAUUUCUCGGACUUGCUGCAAUCAUAAAAUAUCUCAUCGUUGAGGAGACACUACAGGAUGUUUCUGAACAUAGACGUCACUGGAGUGCCAGAUAGCUGCAAGAAUACAGUAUUUUUGGAAGAAUGCAACAGGUCCUAACCAUGUGAAUGAACGGAUACUCACAGGCCAUCAUCAUUGAGAACCUUUUUGUGUAUAAGAGUACAAAAGAUGUAUUGAAAGAUGCUGCAGACAGGCAACUACUCGCUGGUGCUGCUGAUCCAGCUGACACUACUGGCCUUUGACCUUUUCGUCAACUCCUUCAGUGAACUGUUGAGAGGAGCAGCCGUCAUCCAGCUUGUGCUAUUCAUCAUCCAGGACAUCGCCAUCUUGUUCAAUGUGAUCAUCAUCCUGCUGAUGAUGUUCAACACCUACGUGUUCCAGGUGGGCCUGAUGUCACUGCUGCUGGAGCGCUUCAGGGCUCUGCUACUGUUCUCCGCCCUGUACCUAACCCUCAGUAUCUGCCUCCAUAGCUGGGUGAUGAAUCUAAGAUGGAGAGAAUCUAAUCGCUUUGUUUGGACAGAUGGCCUUCAAGCUCUCUUUGUGUUCCAGAGGACAGUGGCAGUGUUGUAUUACUACUUCUACAAACGCACAGCGGAGUACAUGGGAGACCCAAGGCUGUAUGUGGACUCUCUUUGGCUGCGUGAUGCCUUUUCCAAAGCUCGUCAGUAGAACAACAAAAGCUUGACACUGUACUUCACAGCUAUUAAGCAACAAUGCAUUCCUGCUGUUCGUGAACAUUUAUGUAGCGGCUUCCUCUCUACCAUUCAAAGCCCUUUUAUGCUUUUGUUCAUUCAUAAAUUGAUCAUCUUGUUAAAAGACACUCAAGAGGUCAGAAGAGGAACAGGGAAUUAUGUCUUAAGCCCCUUUAGGGUGGCUUUAACCCGAUGGCAUGACUAGAGGGGUGCGCCACACUAUUUGUUUACUGUUGCCAAGUAGGCAGUCGCUUUAAAGCUUUCCAAUGAAGGGUAAACCAGGCCUGGCAUAUUGUAUUAAUCAGGAUUGAGCCUGGUAAUCUAUGUGGCCUUUGUAGUACACCCUACGCAGUAAUGUUGUAUGACAUGAAAAUGCUGUCAAGAUGGAAGAAUGUUUAACUGUUUUAGUAUGCUUUACAUAUAGAACAGCAUGUUAUGUUUUUCAUGCCUAUGGAGAUCUCUGUUGGUUCAUUAAGCCUUAAGGCUUUUAUGAGUGGUUUACAUGACGCCAAUGAAUGAUUACGAUGUAAGUCCAUUCACCUGUAAGUGAGAACCAUUUCAGUUCCUGCUUUUUUAUUAAACAAUCCUUUAACCU